ACUAACUUAUAAAUUGUUUGACCUGAAAGGUUUGUUUUUAUUAUAGGUACUACUUAAAACAUUCGAAUUUAAAACUUUCAGGUUGAAAAUCAGUCAUAGUACCACCAGACAAAAUCCUAAUUUGCUCAACAUUUUAGGUUUUGAAUCAAAACAAUAGAUCACUAUAGAUUAUUGGUUUAGAUCGGUUGGUCAAUGUUAGAAAUUUUGAUAAAUGAUUCCCAGAAAGCUUAUCAACAACCCUCCAUGUUCUUAAUUAACUCCAUGGCUGCGCCACCUCCAUCGCUCCCUCCUGAUCUCGUCAAACCCUCCAAUAGAUAUCACUUUUUGUUUUAUGAAUUAAUUAGAGUUAGAACCCCUGCAGAUCACAAACACAUUGAAUUUUCCCGGAACCAAACACGCCGAUCAAUUCAGAAGUCUCCUUUGACUCCAUGGACCUGAAAGCUCAACUCCAUUCUUCCUUCCCAUUGGCUCUCCAUCCCUUCUUUUUAAUAAAAAAACAUCUCUCCCUCUAACGACCGUUACUGUCUUCAUCUACACUGCAAUCUUCCGUUUCUCUCGCCUACCAUCUCACACCCUUUAAUAAAAAAAAACCCAUCCCUUUCUUCCUCUCUGCCUUCUUCUCCUCCUUGUUCCAUCAUCUAGCUCAACGACUUCUUGAUUACUCCAAGAAUCCCCUGUUUCCAUCCCACCUCUACUCCUCCAGAAAACCCCCUUCCUAAUAAUUCCACAUUGUGAACGCUCCCCUGUUUCCCCCUUCGGAAAUCCUUAUUCUCCUUUCCGCGUGUACUCCUUCAGUUUCUCCGCCCUCCUCCGGCGAUUCCCUUCUAACAAACUCUGUUUCCUUCCUCCCGUAAACUGAUCCUGCCGGCAAUUCCCUUCACUAUAAACCUUCUGGGUAAUCAAGCAAUCAAUCAUCUGCCCUCAGGGAUUCCGAAAGUUUCAAUCUUUUCCAUUACCCACUUCGAAUUCAGUUCAACUGAGUUGACCAUCACCGGAAGAAAAAAAAAAAUGGCGAACAGCGUCAUCCCUCACGCCAGCUCUUUCGGCGGCUCAGUUCACGGUGGGCAGCAAGUAGUCCCGUUCAAGACCAGUAAAGGCAACCUCAAAGUCCUUCUCUUGCACGGGAAUCUCGACAUCUGGGUCAAACAAGGCAACAACCUCCCCAAUUUGGACAUGUUCCACAAAACCUUGGGCGAUAUGUUCUCAAUCCUCCCUCUGAAAGCUCAAUCCGCCGCCACCAAGAUCACCAGCGACCCAUACGUCACCGUUUCCAUCUCCGGCGCCGUGAUCGCCAGAACAUUCGUCAUCGACAACAGCGAGAACCCCGUGUGGAUGCAGCACUUCAGCGUCCCCGUCGCACAUUCCGCCUCAGAGGUCCACUUCGUGGUCAAGGACAACGAUGUCGUUGGGUCGCAGGUCAUGGGAGCUGUAGGAAUUCCUGUCGAGGAGCUCUGGAACAGGAAUGUCAUCGAAGGUUCUUACCCGAUUCUCGGGGCGAACGGGAAGCCCUGCAAGGAAGGGGCGACAUUGACAUUGUCGAUCCAAUUCAUACCCAUUGAGCAAAUGGAAAUGUACAAUUUCGGGGUGAGGUCUCGGCCCGAUUACGAGGGUGUCCCGGGGACUUAUUUCCCGAUGAGAAAGGGCGGGAAGGUGAAUCUGUAUCAGGAUGCUCAUGUGGAUGAAGGCGGUUGCUUGCCAGAAUUGAGAGUUGGAGAUGGUGGGAGAGUUCAAUAUGAGCACAGGAGCUGUUGGGAGGAUGUGUUUCAGGCCAUUAGUCAGGCCAGGCGGUUGGUUUAUAUAACCGGUUGGUCCGUGUAUCAUAAGGUAAGGUUGGUUAGGAAGGGCAGAGGUGAGAUGGACUGUACAUUGGGAGAGCUUCUCAAGACUAAGUCUCAGGAAGGUGUCAGGGUUUUGCUCCUUGUUUGGGAUGAUCCUACUUCCAGAAGCAUCUUGGGCUACAAAACGGAAGGAGUAAUGAACACUGGAGAUGAAGAAACUCGACGAUUCUUCAAGCAUUCCUCGGUCCAAGUUCUGCUUUGUCCGAGGUCUGCAGGGAAAGGACACAGUUUCAUCAAGAAACAGGAAGUUGGGACGAUCUACACUCACCAUCAGAAGACAGUGAUCAUAGAUGCAGAUGCAGGGCAAAACAGAAGGAAGAUUGUAGCUUUCGUUGGAGGUCUGGAUUUAUGCAAUGGACGGUAUGAUACUCAGGACCACUCCCUUUUCAGGACUAGCCAAACGGUUCACAAAGAUGACUUCCACAACCCUACUUUCCUGGAGCCUGCUGGCUGUCCGAGGGAGCCGUGGCAUGAUCUGCACAGCAAGAUCGAUGGUCCGGCGGCUUACGAUGUCCUGACCAACUUCGAGGAGCGAUGGUUGAAAGCCUCCAAGCCCCGGGGAAUCCAGAAACUGAAACAUUCGGCUGAUGAUGCGUUGUUGAAGCUCCAGAGGAUUCCUGAGAUCCUGGGGAUUUCUGAUGUUACUUGCUUGACUGAGAAUGAUCCUGAGACCUGGAAUGUUCAGGUAUUCCGCUCAAUUGAUUCCACUUCAGUGAAAGGCUUCCCUGAUGAACCAAGAGAUGCAACUAGCAAAAAUCUGCUAUGUGGGAAGAACAUCCUGAUAGACAUGAGCAUCCACGCGGCCUACGUCAAGGCGAUUCGAGCCGCACAGAACUUCAUCUACAUCGAAAACCAGUACUUCCUGGGUUCAUCCUACGGUUGGGACUCCUACAGAGACUUGGGAGCCAACAACCUGAUCCCAAUGGAGAUCGCCCUGAAGAUCGCCAGCAAGAUUCGAGCCAACGAGCGAUUCGCAGCCUACAUCCUAGUCCCAAUGUGGCCCGAAGGCGUCCCCACGAGCACCCCGACGCAGCGAAUCCUGUUCUGGCAGCAGAAGACUAUGCAGAUGAUGUACGAGACCAUCUACAAAGCCCUGGUGGAAGUUGGACUUGAUACCAAGUACGAGCCCCAGGAUUACCUCAACUUCUUCUGCCUCGGUAACCGCGAGGCGGCCGACGGAGAAUCUGCUUCAAAUACUCAGAUUGCUCCUCCUUCGAAAUCCAAUGGUGCUGCAGCAAACACUCCUCAGGCGCUCAGCCAGAAGAGCAGGCGAUUCAUGAUCUACAUCCACUCCAAAGGAAUGAUCGUCGACGACGAAUACGUCAUCAUCGGAUCGGCGAACAUCAAUCAGAGGUCCCUGGAAGGGACACGUGACACCGAGAUCGCGAUGGGAGCUUACCAGCCACGUCACACCCUGACGGGCCGGAGCCGGCCGCGCGGCCAGAUCUACGGGUACCGGAAGUCGCUGUGGGCGGAGCACGUCGGCGGGGGGCUGGAGGAAUGCUUCGAGAGGCCGGAGAGCGUGGAGUGCGUGAGGCGGGUGAGGGCGAUCGGAGAGCAGAACUGGCGGCAGUUUGCGGCGGAGACGGUGACGGAGAUGAAGGGUCACCUGCUGAAGUACCCAGUGGAAGUGGACCCCACCGGUAAAGUGCGGGCCCUACCUGGGUGCGCUGCUUUCCCGGACGUCGGUGGGAAUAUUUUGGGAUCCUUUAUUGCGAUUCAGGAAAAUCUCACAAUCUGAUUGAUUGCGCGGACUGAAAUAUUAAAAUUGGAAACAUCGUGGUUCAGAAAGGUAAUAGGGAUAUUUUACUUGUGCAUACCAAAAACGAACGACCUCAUACCCAGAUACAGAUAGUGAGUUUUCCUUUCUUUUUUAGUGAAUAAAUGAAAUUAGUGAGCUUUUCUUCUCUUUUAUUAAUUUGUUGUAACAUUUUCUUUUGUUAUUAUUUUCUUUUCCAUAUACUGCAUCAUUAGAAAUAAAAAUAGUGGUGGAUC